AUGGUCUUGGCGUUUAUAGUUUCCAUUGUUGUCUUCAUAGGUCUCAUCGUUUGGAAUACCAUCCCUAAUGAAAACAGGAAUGGAAUAACGCCAUAUUAUAUAAUCAGAUGGUCUAAAUCAGUUUCAGGUUCUUCAUUGUCCAAUGGUUCUUUUCCAAGUAUUCACACACAAAGUAGCCUCUACACCCCAUCAACGGAAACUGUGUUUUCUUCGAUUGUGAAUGCCACUGCUCAACCUACUAUGGCUGUCAAGUCGUUUUUUACCCCUAGCAUGUCUUCAGUAAAAGAAGACACUCCAUCUUCUGUUCCGUUUACUGACUUGGCUGAAAAAGACAAAAUUAAAAAAAUAAAAGAGAUAGAAGAAGAAAACGCAACUUCAAAAUCCUCUCUAGACGGUGCACCAUCGGACAUUCCGUUAGCUGAGGAAGACGCAGAAGCAGAAGCGCAAGCGGAAGCAGAAGCGCAAGAAGAAGAAGAAGAAGAAGAAGAAGAGCAGAGUCCGACCGAGGUUUCCCCAUCUGCCUCGACUCCGUUCCUCUCGAACCACUCCUUCAUCUACCGCCCUCCUACCGACUACCAAACGCGUCUCCAGCGCUACGUCGCCGCCCACCCCUCCAACCGCUACAACUACCUCACGAACACGCCCGUCCUCCUCGACAACCUGCUCCGCCGCCGCAAUUCCUCACUUUUCUUCCGCCAGAACGGCACGCUCGCCUCCGUCCUCUCCCAAUUCGGCGCCUCGCUCUACCACCGCUGCGCCAAGCACGCCGUCGAGUACUCCUUCUGCCAGUACCACUGGCUCGUCGCCUGGGACUCCGACUCCCGCCAGUUCUACCCCUUCCGCGAGCAAAAACCGCUUCCCGAUUCGGCGGAGCCGGACUUCACGUAUGUGACGCACACGACGGUGGACCGUCUGCGGUACUUCAAGGUGCUGAGGGAGCUGUGGAAGGGACCGUUCUCCAUCGCGAUUUUUCUGCGGAGGUGGGACGUGAACACGGUCGACCGGUGGGUUCGAUCGAAUUCGGACGUGCCGCACCUGCGUCUGCUGUUCUACGUGGUGCCGUCGAACCUGCACUUCCCGAAAACGGACUACUCGCUGUGGUUCGAUCGAAGUUCCAUGCGGAAGAUCACGGAGGGCGCGUUUCUCUAUCCAAUCAAUUUGCUCCGCGACAUCGCCAUCAUGAACGUCGUCACCACGCAUUACAUCAAUCUCGACAUGGAUCUCUGGCCCUCCUACUCCACCUAUCAGAAUCUGCAUCGAAUCCCGCGGGAACUGCUGGAUCCGUGGAAAAACGUGUUCAUUCUGCCGGCGUUUCAGCUCACGGAGCGGUUCCGCAACCGGAUUCUGCAGAGUGGAAACCCGAACAUCGGGAUGAAGUACGUGUGUCACACGAAGGAGGAAUUGCGGCGGUGCAUCAAUCAACAUCGUUGCACCUACGCGAACCCCAACCAAAAUCGGCACGUUUUCUGCCAUUCCCGAAUUCGAUGUAGAACUGCGUGAGCAAGUAUUGGUACGGAAUGACGCAGCCGGUGGUGGUGAAGAUCCCGUGCUUGAACUUCACGCACAUGGAGCCGUACUUGGUGCUGCGUCGCGACCUUCGGACGCCGCUGUAUCAUCCGUUCUACGUGAAUUACGGGUUUAAUAAAGUGUCGUUUGUGGAGAACUUGCGGUUUG